AUGAAAUUCAGUGUGAAUUUGGAGGUCCUUGCUCAGGUGAAAGAAAGCUUAGCAAGAGACUUUGGAAGGCUACCAGCAUUGCUCAGUAAUAUUCAACUGCCAGUCCAGUUAGCUGUUGUACAUGGACUGGAAGCUGCCAUUUUGUCCUUCACCAUAGGCAGCAAAAUCCCCUGGGCUCAGUAUGUGACACCUAUCUGUAAAUCUUUUUCUUUUUCUUCUUCAGAAAAUGCACAGAGCAGUCUUGUUAUUAUCCAUGAAGAAGAUGCAGAGGAAUGGGCACUGUAUUUAAAAACAAUUUUCAAGCAUCUCUUAUCAGAGGACAGAAUCUUGCUUUACAACAUGGGAUCUCCGUUCAUUCACCCCCUGGGAUUGCCAUCCCUGGGAUCUUACAGAUGUAAACUGCUGAUACUUUCAAGUGGACUUGUUAAUUGUCUGAACAAAAAGAAAAAGCGUUUUCUGGACAAGAUCCUUCAGCCUCCUGAAAGGGUGGUUAUUUUGCUUUGCGGGAUUGAAAGUUCAGACACUAUCUAUCAAAUACUGAAUAUAGACCCACACAAUCUGUUGAUUACCACUAAUCAUGAUCCAGAAGUCUACCUUGCAGUGAUUACUGGCAUUAUUCAACAAGGACCAUAUGAGGCCUUGUCUUUGGAUUUAAAAAGGAGCUUAAAGCUAGAAAACCACCAUGUGGAAACUGUGGAGACCUCUGAAACAUUAGAAAGCCCAGCAGUCUUACUGUUGCCAACAAGGAUAUCAUGUGAGAAUCCUGGAGAAAUUUUCGUUCUUUUGAGAGACGAAGUUCCUGAUGACUCAGUGGUGAUUGAAUUUGUGACAGAGAACAAAUGGAUCAGGACUGAGCCACACUUUUGGAGUCAGAAGGUCAGGUAUAUGAAAGCUAUAGAUUUUCCUGCUGGCUUUGUAAACGUAAAUGUCUACUGUGAGGGAGUCAUUAAAGCUUCGACACAGAUUGAAUACUACACAGCCGUUGAGGAGAUUGAAAGCAUUCUUCAGAAAGUGGCUGAUCCAAUAGUCUUUGCUUGUCAGGCUUCCAAGUUUUCCUCUGUUGAGAAAGUGGAUAAUAUUCUCACAUUCUUAUUGAAAAGUCCAAUCAUUUCUCACAAUUUCAGCGCCUUUCCAAAUGAAGUCAUGGAUCAUCAUCGACAGACUGACUCACACUUGGAAGAGCUUCCUACUCUUCUCCACUGUGCAGCUAAAUUUGGAUUAAAGAAGCUUACUGCUUUUCUUCUCCAAUGUCCUGAUGCAAUUCAAGCUUGCUGGAUAGCCAAUAAGUACAGAGAAACCCCAGCAUGUAUUGCAGAAAAGUAUGGCUAUAAGGAGAUUCAGAAAAUCAUCACCGAAUUGUCAAUAAAAGAAGACAGCAAGGAAAGCAACAAUCAGGAGGAGGAAGAAGUCGAGACAGUAGAUGAUACUUACGUGGUGAUGAUGAGCUCAGAAUCUCUCUGCAAUGGACUUUCAUUACCUGCCAGGCCAAACCCAAGAGAACAGCCUGGAGCCUGCUGGAAAAUCCAGAAGGAUUCAAGAAUGGUUGGUGAUGGAGAAGAACAGGAAAGAGAGGCUAAAACAGGAGGAGGAGAAGAAAAUAAAUUAGGGGGAAAUCCACAAUGCUCAAGUGAGGAGGAGGAGGAGGCUCCUAAAGGAAGAAGCAGAAAUGUAGUCUACCCUGAGAGGCCACCUUUGCCACCUCGAAUCCCAGUUACCACCGCAAGACAGGAUGAGGUUUUCAACUGGACCCCAGAGAGUCAUUUGCUGCAGGUACUGCAAGAGAAUAGCUGCAGAGCAACCUGGAGUCAACCCACCGCUGCCAUCCUUCCCAGGAAAGAAUGGGAAGCAGAGAAAGAACAAAAGAAAACCGAUGAGAUACACGAGGAGGAGAAAGAAGAAGGUGAAUCUGAGAAAUCAGAAGAGGAAGAUCCAUACAGCUCUGCUCUUGUGGAUGAUGGUGUGUACGAUAUCAUUUUUGACAACGACAACAAAGAGCGAAGAAAAGGUGGCAGGUCCUUUAUUAUGAACCGGCCACCAGCGCCUGCACCUCGUCCUUUGUUUGCACCUACAAAAGAGGAGAGCACUCCUUACAUAGCACAAGUUUUUCAGCAGAAGGCAACCAGAACUCAUGCUGGUAAUGAGAAGUUGCUGUGCGCUGCCAGAAAACCAGAUAAAGCUCAAGGUGACAGGACCACAUACAGCACCGUCAAGCCAAGCAUCCCACUGAGGCAAGAAGAGCUCAUCCUACUGCAGGAGCAGGUGAAGAAGGGGAUACUUUCUGUGGAUGAAGCUCUGGAGAAAUUUAAAGAAUGGCAGAAUCACAGAAGUGGAUUAGAAGCUACCCAGCAGGAAAAAAUACGCCAGCUCAGAGACUCUAUUAUCAGAAAAAGACCGGAGGAGGAAAGCACGUAUGACAAAAUCACCAUUAUUCACCAUCCAGAUGUUCCCGUGGCGAGACGAAAAGCAAGUCUUAGUGCUGAAGGCAUUGUGUACACCCAUCCGUUUCCAAAGCAGCAUUCUAUAUACAUUUUUCCAAUUGUUUCAUGUGCAUUUCAUUUCUGUAUAUUGCAAUGUGCCCUCGUUGACAAAGAAUAAGUAAGUAUACA